AUGCCGGCAGGCCCCAGUCGACUUCCGCACUGGACCCUUGUCUUUGUUCCUAUGAUCAAUGGUAAGGAUGGAACCCCCAUGAUAUCGGGCCCGAAAGUCAAUUCAGAAAACGAUGGAAGCCGAGAUGAAAUCUCGCGUCUUGAGGUGAUGCAUGGAGUCCUCAGCGGUCUCUUCGACAGACGUCUUAUAUUCCCCCCUAUCAGAUCUCCACGAAGAGUACUUGAUUGCGGUUGCGGUACUGGAGAUUGGGCGAUGGAAGUCGCUACACAAUACCCUGAUUCAGAGGUUCUUGGCAUCGAUAUAAGUCCGCACAUGAUACCAGAAAACCCUCCCGACAAUAUGGAGCUUCAGGUUGAUGACUUGAACGGGAGAUUCACAUUCAAGCCCAACCACUUUGAUUUAGUUCACAGUCAGAUGUUAGCAGGAGGAAUCCAUGCAAAUCGUUGGAGAAGUUAUCUUCGAGAUAUCUUCCGCGUCUUGAAGCCUGGCGGCUGGUGUCAAAUGGUCGAGAUAUACUUCAAUGCCCAAUCUGAUAAUGGUACAUUGACACCCGGUAGACCAUGCUUUAUCGCAGUGGUCAAGACAAUAUCUGGAAAGUCAAGAACCACACCACGACCCGCGGGCACCAUUGCAAAUGGCGAGCUGGAUGAGAAGUGCGGGCUUUACCGAAGUCGAAUCGAGACUCAUGACAUUACCGAUGUGUGGUUGGUCGAGCAGUAUGAUGGAAUGAUGUUUUAUUCGUGUUUCGAAGCUGAUCGACGAGCAGUUCCCCGAGAUUACGAGAUUGGUGUGUCGAAUAGGGAUAACGUGAGUCAGCUGUUGUCUUCGUUGGCUCUGUACCCCUUCACACAAAUGCUUGGGAUGUCUUUCACCGAUUUCCAACUUCUAGUAGCUCAAGCGAGGAGCGAAGCAAGCAACCCGGCUUUCAAGGCAUACUUUCCGCUGUAA